AUGUGUGUGCAGGUCAGCACUCUGUUUGAGGAGGACUUCCCUCUGAAGGCGACGCAGGAGGAGGCGGCUCAGUCUGCUCACCUCAUGACUCUUGGCCUGUGUCGCAUCUCAGCCUCCAAACCCCCCCCCUCCUCCGCCGGACCCCCACAACCUCCCCCCUGCCCGGCGCAGCCCAGCAGCCCGCAGCAGAGCAGCACAAGGACGCCCCCCUCAUGUCCCCUGUGCGCUCUGACGCUGCCGUCCCGGCGGCUGCUGGACGUCCACGUGCGGUCUCACCGGGAGGCAGGCGGCUUCAGCUGCGUCCGCUGCAGCCAGACGUCAGACAGCUGGGAGAAGCUGGAGCCUCACUGGAGGAGCCACUGCAGGAGGAGAAGGAGGGAGGAGCAGAGGCAGCAGAAGAAGAAGAAGAAGGCGGCAGCGUCGCGGACGCUCAGGAGCGCCGCCUCAAGAAACGCUCAUCAACAAACACGCGGACGGAGGGGCCGGCUGAUUGGACGAGCAGGAGGGAAGGAGGCAGGCUGUACAGACAGUCAGACACUGCAGAGCGUCACGGAGAAGAAGAACACCAGAAGAAAGAGAGAAGAAGAAGAGAAGGAGGGCAAGGAGACGGGCUUCUGUUGCUCUCUGUGCCACAGGAAGUGCUCCACCAAGCUGAGUCUGAGGCGUCACCUGGGCACGCACGGUGGAGAGAAAGCAUUCACCUGUCCACACUGUACCUACAGCAGCAGGCUGAAGGCUUCACUGCUGCAACACCUGAGAACACACACAGGUGAGAGGCCCUUCAGGUGUGCUGAGUGUUCGUAUGCUUCCAUCGAUCGCAGCUCUCUGCUCAGACAUGGCAGAACUCAUAGUCAGGAGAAACCGUACAGCUGUCAACACUGUGACUACAGCAGUAUCCAGAAGAAGAGUUUGGAUCUCCACGCUCGCCGUCAUCACACCGGCGAGGCGUUUCCGUGCCAACAGUGCGAGUACUCGAGUCCGGACCGCCAACUGCUGCAGAGACAUGUCCGCCGACACCACGACUGUGACCUCCCAGAGGACCGGGCUCUCUGAUUGGACUGUCAGCUUGUGGGCGGGGCUACAGUGUUACAGUGCUAUAGGGUUAUUGGUUGUUUUUAUCUGAUGGAUUUUAAUAAAAGUAAAAAAUGUGACGAAACAUAAA